AUGAAAGACCGGUUGGGAGCCUUAAAAGCGGUAAAAUUAUUUGCCUGCUACUUAACAUUAAUACAAAAUUGAAUUUGUAUAAAACUCAAUCACUUUUUGUAGGCUCAAAACCAAGGGGAUGAAGACCACGAGGACGACGCCAGCACAUUGGAUGCGGCCCAAGGCCAAUUUAUGGAGGAAUUCUUCGAACAGGUAGAAGAAAUUAGGGGGAGCAUCGAUCUGAUCGCUUCGAAUGUCGAGGAAGUCAAGAAAAAACACUCUGCCAUCCUCUCUAAUCCGGUUAAUGACCCAAGUAAGUCGCCCUUCCCCUCAAUUCAUUAUUCUGGUUUUAGAAACCAAAGAAGAAUUGGAUGAAUUAAUGGCCGAGAUCAAAAAAACUGCCAAUAAAGUGAGGCGGAAACUAAAAUGUAAGCAAAUUUGCUGAAAAUUUGUAAGACUAUCACAACGCGAUAUAAGGCGUCUAUGCUUUCAGUAAUUGAGAACAGUAUCGAACACGAUGAGAGUGGUGGGACCUCAGGGGCAGAUCUCCGAAUUAGGAAAACACAACAUUCAACGUUGUCUCGGAAGUUCGUGGAGGUCAUGACUGACUACAACAAAACACAGACAGACUACAGAGAAAGAUGUAAAGGUCGGAUCCAACGACAACUUGACAUUGGUAUGUAAAUUUUAAAAUAUUAAAUUUUAUUUGGCGAUCUUUAAUGCAUUGUGUCAUAUUUGAUUUGGGCUAUUCCAGCGGGUAAACAAGUAGGGGACGAAGACUUGGAGGAGAUGAUCGAAUCAGGGACGCCAGGGGUUUUCACUCAAGGAAUCAUAACAGACACACAACAGGCCAAACAGACCUUGGCUGAUAUUGAAGCAAGGCAUAAUGACAUCAUGAAGUUAGAGUCAAGCAUACGAGAAUUACACGACAUGUUCAUGGACAUGGCCAUGUUAGUAGAGUCACAAGUAUGUACAGGGUCAUGUUUGCAACAAGGUCAACUAUCUUAUUUUAGGGAGAGAUGGUUGAUCGAAUAGAGUAUAAUGUUGAACAUGCCAAGGAAUUCGUGGAUCGAGCCGUCGCCGACACCAAGAAGGCUGUACAAUAUCAGAGCAAAGCACGAAAGGUAUGUUCAAAACUAUUUCGUAAAAUGUACGUAACGUCGUAUGUUUCGUUUCUUUUGUUGCCAUUUUUGUUUCGACUAACCAAACGAUCUCCAGAAGAAGAUAAUCUGUAUUAUAAUAAUGGUGGUGCUUAUCGUGUUAGUGAUUGUGGGUAUCAUUGUGUAUGUAUCCGUGAACACAUCUGUCGUCAGUGGUGGUGGAGGGAAUAAGAGCAAUGACAAUAACGGCAACAAUAAUAACAAUAACAGCAAUGGAAACAAUAAUGUCCAGAACAACCAGGAGUCCGCGGCGGUCGACCAGUAA